CGGGGAGCUUCAAUUUGAAGCUCACCGGACAGUCAUGGUUGGGUCCGGCGGGUGCAAGAAUGGUGCAUGGUCCAAUAUAUCAACGUCUGAAUUUUCGAAGCGUGUCAGCUUCGGGCUGGAAGUGACGUGCGUCGACAAGAACCUCGUCGCCAACUUUGAAGGGAUGGUCGAUGCGAGAACGGUUAGCGCGAGUGGCCAUGYGAGCCUGGGAGUCAGCAAUGCUCUCACGAGCCUUGCUAAGAAGCGCAUCCAUCUCCUUUACCMAGUCAUCGAGGGCAGGGCAUUUGGUGUCGGGAUGGAUCUGAGAUGGACGGAGAAGGUCUUGGAGCAUCGUGUUCAUAGCCGUCUGGAAAGUGGCGGGGGCAUUACGGAGACCGAAAGGCAUGACGGUAAACUCGUAGUGCCCGAAACGAGAACGAAAAGCAGUUUUGGGCUGGUCCUCCUCGGCUACGCAGAUCUGGUGAUAUCCGCUACGAAGAUCGAUCUCCGUGAAGAAAUGGUGGUCGGCGAGGCGGUCAAACAGAUCAUCCGCGCGAGGCAUGGGAUAACUAUUUUUGACCGUGUAGUGGUUCAGACCGCGGUAGUCAAUACAGAGACGAAGGGUGCCGUCCUUCUUGCGAUCGAAGAGGACCGGGGCACUCCAUGGGGAAGUACUCGGUUUAAUGAAGCCCUGGCGAUGCAUCUCCUCAAGUUGGCGCUUCAGUUCCUGGGCUUUGGGAACCGAAAGGCGAUAAGGGGCGUGAUUCUGAAUGCGAUAGUUGGGCUCAAGCUGGAUGUGGUGCUCGAUACCAUGCAUGAGAGGAAUGUUGCUGUAGGAGACGGAUGGUGGAAAAACAUCGUGAUACUCACGAAGGAGGGCACAAACGCUAGGCGGCAAGGAAGGAAGAAGGGUGUCAAAUUCCUUGGCAGUGGCGGCCUCUGAAGCAGAGGUGGAGGGGGUCUGUAUGGGGGUAGGGACUGAGGGUGUAUCAGUGGUAAGGGAAGCGAGAAAGUGAGAUGUG